AAUUUAGUUAAUUUAUUUUAUGAGAUUAUCUCUUAAAUGAAAAUAUAUUAUAAAUUAGUUGUUUUUGAAUUAGUUAACUAUUUUUGAUUUGAUAAUAUUACCAUUAAUAAAUGUCUUAAACUAACAUUUUUGAUGGUAGCAUGGAUUAUAAACAUAUGUUAGACGAAAAUUAAUUGUAUAUAAUGUUUUUGUUUUAAUAUAAUAGAUAACAAUGUUGUAAAAAAAAAAGAAUAGCUAACAAAAAUGAGGAUGCUAUCGAGUGUUUUUGUAAGACUUGUAUGACACUGAAAUUGAGCUAAGAUCAAAGCAUAUUAACCAAUCACUCAUUUAGUUCUUUUUUUUACAACAAUAUAACUAAACUAUCAGCGCUGCGAAAAAUUUGCGGGCAAGAGAUAUUGAUUGUGAUCAGCGUUGUAGUAUCUGUGGUGUCGAGUAAGAAUCCAUUAAUUAUGUCCUUUUUGAAUGUCUACCAACUUUACAAAUUUGGAUUUUGUCGAAGAUACCUUCUCUUUUGGGUGUUUUUCUUUCUCGUUCGGUGUUUACUAAUAUGAAUUAUCUUUUUUAGAGGCUACCGAGAUAAUAUGAUUUCAGUUCAUUUUCUUGGACUAUGUGGUAUAUUCGGAAGAACAGGAAUAAUAAGUUAUAUUCAAACAGAAAUGGCGAUCCUCAGGAAAUCUUACGAAUAGCGAAAGUGGAAGCAGUGGUUUGGGCAGAUGCCUAACUUACGGUUCCUGUCAACCAUAAUUCAUCUUUCUCCUCAACAGAGUGGCUGUCAUCAGAGCAGACCAAAGUUUGUUUUGUAGAUGGUGCAUGGAAGGCAAAUGAUAAGUUCUCAGGCUAAGGAUGGUUUUGUAGGACUAAUGGUUUAGAAGAGAAGAUGAUGGGAGCAAUGAAUCUCCGAAGAAGCUUAUCCGCUUUACAUGCUGAAUGUGAAGUUUUUAUAUGGGCUAUGGAAUACAUGAAGAUCCACAAUUUUUCAGACGUAACUUUUGCAACAGACUGUUCUCAAUUGGUGAAGAUGAUGUCAUAACCUGAAGAAUGGCCAGCUUUUGCUACACUCUUGGAGGAGUUCCAGCGCAGUAAGCUUUUUUUCCCUUCCUUCAAGAUCCGACAUAUUUCGAGAAUUCAAAAUCUAGUGACGGACAAGGUGGCACGAGGUGCUAGGUGUUCCCAUACUGCUAUGUUCUAUGUUGAGCAUAUAUGCUGGUUUAAUUAUCACUCAUUUAGAUCAAUAGGGUACAUAUUUAGAAAGAUUAAAAUCUACAUUGUAGGUUAAUUUCGAUAAAUUUAUAUUUGGGAAAGGUCGGUUUUUAAAUUUCACAUUGUAGAUUACGUUUUCCAUCCCCAAAAUUUCGCAAACCAAGUUAGUGAGGGUAGAAACUGAAAGUUAAUGAUAAUAAAAUUCAAUUUUACUGUUGGUUUAUUAUUAAUGUAAACAAUUAAAUAUGUCAUAUUAACUAAUUUUGUAAGUGAUCAUACUAUGAUUUGUUAAUAAUACAUAAAAAUAGAACCAUAAAUUAAUAGACUAGAUGAUUCUAGAAUUAUAUUCUGUCAAAUAACGUUUUAAGAAACUAAAACAAAGAUUUUUACCAAAAUAAAAAAUAAAACAAUGAGAUGUCAAAAUAAAAAACAAAGAGUAAGACCGAUCACUAGCUGGAAUAAAGGAAUAUCCGGAUAUCCAAAAAGAAAAAAAAAAAGAAACUUGGAAAAAUGGCAAUCCAACAUAUAGCUUGUUGGAAUCAAAUGUGAUAGAAACUUUCAAAUUCAAACAAGAAUGAGGCGUAUUGGAUUUCACAACUUAAAUCAACAAAGAACAAGGAGGAUACUUACUUCUUCUUCUUCAACCGUUCUUCCUCAUCUUGCACCAUCAUGUCAAGAAACCAUUCUCUCACCCCAAGAUCCAAAACCCAAAACAGAUCUUCCAAGCAGUUUCAGCUUCUUGCGAGAAACAAAGCCAUCCAUUUCUUGCCCGAGGAAUCAAGUUACAGAUUCAGUGAACAGAGUUAAGCUCCGAGAUGGGAGAUUCCUUUCUUAUAAAGAGAGAGGUGUUCCAAAGAACGAAGCUAAAUACAAGAUCAUUCUUAUUCAUGGGUUUGGAAGCUCCAAAGAGAUGAACUUCUCUGCUUCAAAAGAGUUGAUAGAAGAGCUAGGCGUAUAUUUUCUACUCUACGACCGAGCUGGAUAUGGAGAUUCUGAUCCAAACCCGGAACGUUCGUUGCAGAGCGAAGCGCUUGACAUAGAAGAACUUUCUCAUAAGUUGCAGAUAGGACACAAGUUUUACAUAAUUGGAGUUUCCAUGGGAUCAUAUCCUACGUGGAGUUGUCUUAAACACAUACCUCACAGGCUAGCUGGAGUGGCGUUUGUAGCUCCAGUGGUAAACUAUGGAUGGCCGUCGCUUUCUAAGAAGCUUAUAAAGAAAGACUACAGGAGAGGGCUUAUAAAGUGGUGUUUUCGGAUAUCGAAAUAUGCACCUGGGCUGUUACAUUGGUGGAUCAGUCAGAAACUCUUCCCAUCAACUACUUCAGUCAUUGAAAGCAAUCAACUCUAUUUCAACACCAGUGACAUUGAAGUACUCAAGAGAAUUACCGGUUUUCCUAUGCUUACUAAGGAUAAACUACGGGAAAGGAGUGUAUUUGAUACUCUAAAAGACGAUUUCUUGGCGGGCUUCGGGCAAUGGGACUUUGAUCCAUCUGAUGUAAGAAUGAGUGGAGAGAACUCUGUUCAUAUAUGGCAUGGAAAGGAAGACAAGGUGGUUCCGUUUCAACUUCAUAGAUGCAUCUUGAAGAAGCUGCCUUGGAUCAAGUAUCAUGAGAUACCUCAUGGAGGACAUUUGAUCGUACACUAUGAUGGUACGUGCGAUGCGGUUCUAAGGGCACUAUUGGUCGGGGAAAAUCAAAAGUUGUAUCAACCCGAACACAACUAACUCUCUUGUGUUUGGAGACUCAUACGAUUUUAAAUUGUUAACAAGCAUUUUGUCAUAUAAGAACUAUAAUACAAUCACAAAACUAUAUGAAACACACACACACACACAUAUAUAUAUAUAUAUAUAAAACAUACUAGUUGAUCCUAUUUUUCCUCCUAUAGAGUAAGCCAUGAUAAACGUUGAUUAUGGCAUCUACAACUACAAUAUAGAGGAAGGAAAUGGAGCAAUACGUCUUUAACUUGUGUAUGUAUAAGAAGGUUAACUAUUUAUCAUACGAAAUUACUGCAAAUUAGAUUGAAUGAAAUAUCUCAUAAAAUGUAACUUACUGAAAGUUUAAAACAAAUAACAACACAGUGAAAUCUAAUUUAGACUAGACAUUAGCACAAGCAGAAUAUACAGACCUCAACUUAUCAAAAUCUAGACACACCAAAUAUCCAAUUUUCAUCAUUAUAAUUAAACCAGAGAAGGAAAAAAAAUUAAACCAGGGAGUAGCACAAUGUUCACACCAAAAUUCUAGAGUUUGUUGUAACAAUUUGCUAGAGUUACAGCCAAAACAUCCAAACAAAAAUGAAAUAAAUGUCUUCAAACCAAUUAAACCUAGCUCCAUCAAGAAAACACAAACAAGCAUAAGCGUUUAAAGAUACAUCAAGUUCUCAACAUCAUCUAGUCCAAUAAUGUCCCACAUGUUAGUAAGAUAGCGGUUGGAUGUGUCUUUGAUUUCAACUUUUCUCAAAUGGUUGUUUUGUAGAUUGUAAAGAAAAAUGUGGAAACGAAUGGUACUUUUACGUUGAACGAUCAUCUUGCAGGUGCUGGGAUUACGAGAUGUAUUUUGAGGUACCAAAAUAACCUCACCGUUUCUAGUUGUACAUUGUACCCUAAAACGGAUGUCACUGAGUAAAUGCAUCUGAGAAAGAUCCAACACAAAUGUCUUUCUGGCCCACAUAUUCUUCUCCGCAUCAUCCAUAACCCAUAGUUCCAUCACACCUCUCUUUUCAAAAUCGUCAUUGUAUAAAACAGCUACUCUCAGGGGCGGACCUACAGCAAGACUAGGUGUGGCAUGUGCUCCACUCUAAUUUUUUAUUUUUCAUUAAUAGUUACUGCUAAAAAUUAUUGAAAUGUUUCUAAGUAUGACACUAAUAUAAGAAUAUAUAUGAUUUUAUACCCCAUACUAAAACCAGCCCUGGAUCCGCCCCUGGCUACUCUUCCACCGUAUUCUAUAAGAUCAGUAAAACAAGGCAAGCACCGUAAUGUGUUACCUUCAGGCACUUGGAACAUACUGAUUUCUUCAUAAUGAAUAUCAAAACUGACAAGUACAGUAUGAAUCCAAAAAGUCGAAGCUAGGUAAUAGACACUCCU